CCGCACCCCACCCGCUCCGCCGCCCGGAAGUCGCUCCCCGCCUCCUGCUCCGCCAACAUGGCCGCGAAGUCGGAUGGAGCGGCGGCCGCGGCCGGCCCGGGGCCCGAGGGGCCGGCGGGAACAGCCCGGGGCGGGGCGGGAGGGCACGGGGAGGUGACGACGGAGAUCGCGGGCCCGGGACCGGCGGCGGCGGGGGGCCCGGGGCCGCGCUACGAGCUGCGGGACUGCUGCUGGGUGCUGUGUGCGCUGCUCGUGUUCUUCUCCGACGGCGCCACCGACCUGUGGCUGGCGGCCUCCUACUACCUGCAGGGUAAGAGCACCUACUUCGGCCUCACCUUGCUCUUCGUGCUGCUGCCCUCGCUGGUCGUGCAGCUGCUCAGCUUCCGCUGGUUCGUCUACGACUACUCGGAGCCCGCGGGGACCCCGGGACCCGCCGUCAGCACCAAGGACAGCGACGGAGCCGCCAUCAGCACCAAGGACAGCGCUGUCGCCUUCAGGACCAAAGAAGACAGCCCGGAGCUGGUCCCCCGGCCCGCGCAGUCCUCGGCCAGCACCUACCGCCGACGCUGCUGCCGCCUCUGCGUCUGGCUGCUGCAGACCCUCGUUCACCUCCUGCAGCUCGGCCAGGUCUGGAGGUACCUGCGAGCCCUGUACCUCGGGCUACAGAGUCGCUGGCGCGGGGAGCGGCUGCGGCGCCACUUCUACUGGCGGAUGCUGUUCGAGAGCGCGGAUGUAAGCAUGCUUCGUCUGCUGGAGACCUUCCUGCGCAGCGCGCCACAGCUGGUGCUGCAGCUCAGCCUGCUGGUCUACCACAACCGAGAGCCAGACCUGCUGACUGCCCUCUCCAUUUCUGCCUCCCUUGUGUCCCUGGCCUGGACACUGGCAUCCUACCAGAAGGUACUGAGAGACUCGAGAGAUGACAAGCGGCCCCUGUCCUACAAGGGUGCUGUAGCCCAAGUGCUGUGGCACCUGUUCACCAUUGCAGCCCGAACCCUGGCUUUCGCCCUCUUUGCCAGCGUCUACAAGCUCUACUUUGGCAUUUUCAUCGUAGCCCACUGGUGCAUCAUGACCUUCUGGGUUAUCCAGGGUGAGACAGACUUCUGCAUGUCCAAGUGGGAAGAGAUCAUCUACAACAUGGUGGUGGGGAUCAUCUACAUCUUCUGCUGGUUCAACGUCAAGGAGGGCCGCAGCCGCCGCCGGGUGACCCUCUACUAUUGCAUCGUGCUGCUGGAGAACGCAGCCCUCACCGGCUUCUGGUACUCCAGCCGGAACUUCUCCCCCGAUUUCUACUCUCUCAUCCUGGUCUGCGUGGUGGCCUCCAGCUUUGCACUGGGCAUAUUCUUUAUGUGUGUCUAUUACUGUCUCCUGCAUCCCAACGGGCCCAUGCUGGGGCCCCAGGCACCGGGCUGCAUCUUCCCUGAAGCUCCGGGGCCCUGUGCCCCUCCAACUGAUGCCAUCACAAGUCCACCAAGAUCGCUGCCAAGGACUACAGGCACUGAGCGGGACGGGGCCUCGGUGGGAGGUGAGCGAGCCGGGACCCCUACACUACCUGUCUUCCAGGUGCGACCUGGUUUGCCUCCCACACCAGUAGCUCGCCCCUUGCGGACAGAGGGGCCUGUCAUUCGGAUUGACUUGCCUCGGAAAAAGUACCCAGCUUGGGAUGCUCAUUUUAUUGAUCGCCGGCUCCGCAAGACCAUCCUGGCUUUGGAGUAUUCUUCACCUGCCACACCUAGGUUGCAGUACCGGAGCAUGGGCACCUCCCAGGAGCUGCUGGAGUACGAGACUACAGUGUAGGCACCGUCUGCCUCCCAACAGGGACAGGCUUGACUGACUCCACAUUGACCACAGUGUUGAGUCUGUAUGUCAGGGACACCAGGCUAAGUGGGGGUAGAUCUUUGGAUCCAAGAAUGGCCCCGCCACUGGCUUUCCUUGGGGAAGAGGGCAGCCCUGUGGAGGCCCUAGGUCUCGUUUUUUAGCCCUAUGACCCAUUCACUAAGUUCCCCUGGACCAGGGCACAGGGCGUCAACUGGUGCUACCCCUCACAAACUGCCCCACUCUCAUGGGCAUGCCAUAUUAUGCUUGGCACAAGGGUCUCAACCCUCUCCCCUGCCUAGAAUCACCCACAUCACCCCUGGUGGGCCAACCAGAGGAAAGGCACUGCUCGGGGGUGGGGGGGGGUGCUGCCUGGGAUAGGAGAGGAUCCCUGAGAGAAGGAUGGGGAAAACUGUGGGGUUGUGGGAUGGACUGGGGACGGAUCUCUGGACAGAACCUGGCACAGUUCCUGUAAGAAGGAGGAACUGGACAGCAGGAGGAUUAGAGCAGGAAGUCGGAGAGAGAACUUGGGGAUCCAACAGUGCAGACACUGGCAGGAGGAGACCCCCAAGGAGCGAGGGGUGAUAGCAGAACGAAGGGGUCCAAGCGUGGGGUGGGUGCCUUUGCUUGGGAGGUGCACUUGUUGGGAGCUCUGUUACAGAUGAGGUCUAGACCCCUCAGGUGAGAGGUCACAGGUGCUGUCUGCUCCAGAUGGGCAUCUGAGAUGUUCCCUGGAGAUGAAGGCCUUCAGCACAGCGGAUAAAAUGUCCCCGGUGGUACUCCGUCUGGCUCAACUACAGAUGAGGCUCUAGCUGGGGAGACGUCUUAGUUCUAGAAUACCUCUUGAAAACAGGUCCCAGGGAGCUGCUGAUCUCUUCUAAGGAUCAAGGACACUGGAACCUGCUGCUCCCGUGUGGAUGCUUCUAGCUUCUACCAUGGGCAGUGGGGGAGGAGAUAUGGAAACAUGGACCACGGGGGAUAUUCUAGAAUGGGUGCUCUAGUUCUAGGUUGCCAAGGUUUAUGGAAGUUCUAGACCCCUUUCCAUGUCCCUAGCCCUAUUGUCUUUAAAAGGAAAUUGUCCUCAGAACCCUUGAGACAUUUCUGCUGCCAAGUGAUGCUCAGCUGGGGACAUGACAUAAAUCUUGGCUUCCUGCCUCUCUGCAACUGAGGUUCUCUGGGGUGCAUCUGGGAAACUGAUUUGUUUUAUCUCAAAUCUGACAAGGCCCCAGGUCUGUGACCCAUUCCCAUGGUCCAAACAUCCUGGGUUACACAAGGGACCAUUAUCCUGGAAUGUGCCCCCGGCCUGGGACAGCCCAUACUGACCAGGGCACAUUAUUGGUGGGAGUAUGUGGGACUAGGGAGCUAGGCAGCUCUGUGAAGUAGAAGGUGGCACUCUAGGCAGGGCCUGGGGUCUCUUGCCACUCCCCUAUGCCAACUGAGGUGAGCUCACUGGAAAGGAACAGCCAGGGACUGUGGGGACGAGUACAGACUGGGCUGGAAGUGUGGAGGCCAUGCGAAUCCUAGACUAUGCAAAUAAGAUUGUUUAGCCCUCCCUGGCUCAGCCUCUCUUGGAGUUACAGAUAGAAAAACUGAGGCCCAGAAUUCCAGCUUCUCUCACAAGGUCUUAGACUCCUGGCUGCCCCAUCCAUGGUGAUGUGGCAAUGAUUGAUCUGCUAAGGAUACUGGGAGGGAGUUACACUUGGGGUGAGGCUGAGAGGGCACCCUGUGUGUAUGCACACACAAGCACACAUCAUACCCAGGAUUUAAGCCACCCUGCCUGGCCCCGUGGGUAGCUAUAUUCGUUCUGUCAGUGUGGAAUGCUUUUUCUUCCUUCUGCUUCCCUGACCCCCAAGAGGCCUCCAUAGUGACAGACAGCUCACCCUGACGCAGGCCUGCUCCGAGGGAGUCACCCUUUCUCUUUUCCCUCUACCCAGAGCCUGCCUGGGAGACCAGUUCCAUAGCCAGCUAUACACCUGUCACACUCUGUAAGAUGGAGCACUGGGCAUGGGCCCCAAACCCAAGCAGCCUGAUUCUGCAGGGCUCAUGGUGCCAGGAAAUCUCACUCCAUUGUUUCCGCUGUGUGUGGCACCCUACAAGAGCUACACCUCCAUCCCACACAUCAGUAUGGCGACAUCUGGGCUACCCUUGGCAAGCUAUUUUAACCGCCACCCGCCCCCAAGGUCCUAGAAUGGCUCUGUGGAUGCCCCAUUCUCCAGCAGCCUGGAAGGAAAGGUUUCAGAUUCCUUAGCUGGUUGCUGAAGGAGGCCAGGGCAGGCAGGGAAGCAGGAUAAGCAGAGCCAGGCACGGCCUAAGGCUGCAGGGAAGCCAAGGCCAUAUUUCACCCCAAUAUCACAGAGCUUUCCCCAGGACCCCUGCCUGCAAGGCUGUGUCAGAGGGCCCUCGCCUUUCCCGCUGUCAGGACAGAGCCCAUCUCCCUCCGCAGUAGCCCCUCUCCCCAGCUCAGGCCCCCAUCCUUCCUGGCCUGAGGCCUCUCUUCUUUAUCAGCCCGUGCUUUUGGUUCACAAGGACAAAGAAUCGGAAUGGGGAAAGGCCCCAUCUUCUUGGAGCUGUUUUUGGUUCCUUUCUGUGACACAAUCUACCUCAGCCAGUCUCUUUCCCCAGCCACAACUGGACCCCUGGGGUCCUCCGCUCCUGUUCCCAGACCAUUGGAGUCUGGAUUCCCAGGGUCCCUGUAAGGUUCUUCCAGUGAGAGAGGACUUCAGGACUACAGCCUUGAAGGAAGGGUCCCCAAAGUCACCUGACCUUCAAAUUCAUUAUAUAGAAGAAACAAAGAGGGCCACGCAUUUACCCAAAGUCACACAGCAAGUAAAAUGGAACCACAGAGUUUUCCUGGGUAUCAAUAAAAGUGAGGUCUGUCUUAAUUUCUUCAGGAGCAGCCAUAACAGGCCAUCUUGGGAACAGAAAUGCCAGGCCUUCCCUUCCUAAUGUAGAACCGCGCCUCCUGUUCUGUGAGCUUUCACCCUCAAAUCAACCCCAGCUGCUGGCUGUGCUCCUCAACCUCCCCAGGCACCACGCACCUCCUACCGUACCUCCACCCACCGACGUACCAUGUGCCUUGUAACGGUCAGCCCAGCCGGCAGCACAGGCCUCCACUCUCCCCUGCAGGGACUGUCGAAAAAUGUAGGCUUGGUCCCAUCCUCUCAUCUCCCCCAAAUCUGCCUUACUUUCAGCCGGGUUACCCCUACACCUGUGUCUCCCUGAAGUGUGUCACCCCAAGGGCUGGAGAAGCAGAGGCCCAGGAGGGUAAGCAAGGCUGAGAAUAUGCAGGUUUCUGAUUGAGAACAUGGGAGCUUGGGACCGUCAUCCCCAAACACUCCCCUGAAGACUAAGGUCCUGUAAGCCCUUCCCUUGCAGCUUGCCUGGGGCUGGAGUCUACAAAGGCCUGGCAAUGAGGGGAAGGUUCUCUGAGGCAACGUGCAUGGGCAUAAAUAAAGUCAGAUGCCACCAGAACGGAAAGUGGGGUGAGUGAAAGCUCGAGAAAGCAGAACUAUAGGGGUGGGCAGAAGGAGGGUGUUCUGUGCCAAGGAGCAAUGAGAUUUAUUUAGGCUUUGGAAAGCAACCUAAUGGCCACCAGUUUGGGACUUCUAAUGCAUCAACCCCUUCAGGGAUGUUGGGAGCCUCUGGGAUUUGGCUUGGUCUAACCCUAACUCUCACCCUGGUUGUCUGGAAGACUCCAGUUCCUUGGUUGUUCCCAGCAUCUGAUAAGGGGUCCCUUAUGUGCCAAGGAGAUUGCUUAGGACCUGGAGUCUUUUCCGGUUGGGGGCUCCCGAUUCAGGAGGAAUCUUUCCAAGCAGAGGGAGAGUUUAGGCACAGGUUGCUAACUGAACGCCAAGAACCCUGAUCCCAUCCCUGGCUGCCCCACAACUCUUUGGCAUCUGCCUCCUUCCUAGACUGAGCCUAUGUAGGGCUGAAAUCUAUAGGAAGCGCUCUGUGGUGUUGCCGUGGAAGGGAAAGGAUCAGUGCCAAUCCACAGAGGAAGUGUGGGAUAGGGGUGUGAGUCCCCCUUCUAGUCAAGGACACUUCUGAGGCCCUAGGUUUAGGGAAACAGAACAUGUGUGUCAUUCUGGGUUAGGAUACUGAGUUCUACUAGUAGAUGCGAGGAGAGGAAGACCCGAAUCAGGACAAGGCAGAGGGUCCACUCCAACCAGGUCUGAUUCCUGCAGGCAGAAUCCCCGAGCACGUAGUGUUCCCAUGCUCAGCCCCUCCACUGUAACCUCACCCCGAGGUCACCCCCUCCUCAGCACUGCUGGCCUUUAUUCUAUGCACAACUCUUUCAGAGUCCCCAGGCCAGGCUGAAUGGUGGGAGCUCAGGAUGUCUGCAAUAAUCUCAUAGUGGAGGGGGUCUUGGGACAAAGCGGGAGUGAGGAUAGCCACAGGAGGGAGGAGGGCUUUCCUUUCCCUCCCUUCUCCAAAGUCUCAGAGUCCAGUCAGACCUAAUAAGACUCUCUCUCCCUGCCCUCCUCCUGUCUGGCUUCCAAACCAGGCAUAAGAAGGGGUCUGAACCAUCCUCAGAACCCUCGGAUUCCCUGAGGAUUUUGUGGCUUGAGAGUUGUUUUGUUUUUCCUCCCCCAAAAGCCACCUAAAUAAAGCGUUUGUUUUGCUAUCUUCGAUUAAAGCUGAGUGGAUAGCAGAUACAUCCUAGUGAGGACUCAAGUGUGAAGGACGUCUGCAUUCUGUAUUGGAUGACUUUAAUGCAGAAUCUUCAAGAAUACUCACGGUGUCAGGCCCUGCCUCUGCAGACACUUGGGUGGGGCCUGGGACCUCCACAUUGGGCAUCAGUGGUUUAAUUAUCCAGUUACUUCCUAGUUUACAGAUGGGGCAGGCCCAGAGAUGGGAGGCAACUUGCCCAAGUUCACACGGCAAGCUGGUGGUAAGCUAGGAUUCGAGCCAAGGUCCCUUGGGAGGGGGAUCCCACCAGAAUCCCUUUGCCUCUGAUGUCCAACACGUCCACAGGAACCACUAGCCAUGCCUAAGGGCCCAAUCUCCCUGUCAGCACACUCCAGGGGACUUCCCCAUGUCCUCUCUCCCCUCUGUGGUCAGCCCCAACUUCUGCCCGCUUCUUAGCCUAUCCCUAGGCCCCAUCCUGGUAUUCACUACAUCUGUGCCAUGCCCAGCCCCCCAGCCCAACCCGCCCUUUCCAGCUUUCCCUGGGCAGGGGAGGGGCCAGGCUGGGGCUUCUGUACUGAGACUUUUGUACACCACAAACUUUUUGUAUAUUUUUAAUUUUGCUGCAACAUGAGAUAUUAAAAGUCA